GUAAGCCAGUCUUGACAGGCAAAGUGUAAUACGGAAUCAGUCCAGCUAACCAAGCAAGAUGUACGCGAAACUCGCUCUUUUCUCCCUCCUGGUAGCCGUCGUCGUUGCUUCUCCAACCCCCGGCGGUGGCGGACACCACAAGCACGUCACCAUCCACGUGCCAUACAAGGUGCACACCAUCCACCACCACCACGUCUCCAAAGUCCAUGUGCCAGUACACGUGCCGGUCGUGAAAGAAGUCCCGGUGAUCAAGGAGGUGCCUGUCAUCCAGCACGUCCCUGUCCCAGUGUACAAACACGUGCCGGUCCCCGUGGUGAAGCACGUCGAGGUUGAGAAGAAGGUGUACCUGCCAGUGCAUGAGGAACAUCAUGGGUGGGAGAGCGAGUCGUUGUCGCACGGCUGGAACUGAUGGACUUCACUUGUUUUAGUUUAAGGAUUCUUAGGAUAAGAAACCACACAUCGUAAUAAACAGGAGUUGCCGCCAAGAUUACGAAGUCACACGAAGUCAUUCCGAUCUUUCCCGAAGUUUACCGAAUCCAAUUGAGAGAAAAAGGAAUUUAUAUUAGGCA